CCGCCACGCGCGGAAGCCGCCUGAUGAAGCGGGAAUACCUGAAGGUGAACGUGGCGAAGACCUGUGAGGAAAUCCUCAACUAUGUCCUGGUCCGAGUGGCGCCCCUGGAGCCUGGCCUGCCGCGGCCCUGCUUCGCUCUCUACCUGUCAGCCCAGCUCCAGAUCGGUGUGAUCCGGGUCUACUACCAACAGUGCCAGUACCUCAUCGAGGACAUCCAGCACAUCUUGGAUCAUCUGCAUCGGGCCCAGCAGCAGAUCCGCAUCGAUAUGGCAGACACCGAAUUACCCAGCUUGCUGCUGCCUAACAUCAUGACCAUGAUGGAGACGCUGGAAGAUGCUCCUGACCCUUUUUUUGGAAUGAUGUCUGUGGACCCCCAACUUCCUGACCCCUUUGAAAUCCCCCAGAUUCGACACCUCCUGGAGGCGGUGACCCCAGAAAGAGUUCUUGAGAUCUCACCUGAAGUCCCCAAGAAGCCAGACAAGAUGCUGGGUACUCUGGUCUCUCCCGAGGCCAUCACCCUUCAGGAGCCCGAGCCUAUCCACGUGCUGCAGAUCGAGGGAGAGCAGGACCUCCCUGAGGUCACCCGCCAAGCCCUGGACCUGCUGAUGGCUGAGGAAGAUGAAGCAAUAUUGUCGGAGGAACGGCUGCGAGCCAGACCUCGCCAGCAGCGUGAGCCCCACCACCCAGCACUUGAGGUGACUGAAGAGGCCCAGGAGCAGCCCCGGGGCCCGGAGGGUGAAGCUACAGUCCCCUCGCUCUCGCCUCUGGUCUCUGCACAGGCGGAAGGGGCAGCAGAGCUGCCUCCAGGCCAGGAAGUGGGCCCUGAGGAGCUUAAACGAGCUCCCUGGGAGCCAGGGGCUCUGCCAGUGGAGGUGACCCCUCCCCAGGAGCUGCGUCUGCCGGCCCCACCAAGCCCCAGGCCCAAGAAGCCCCCAGUCUCCCCUUCUGGGAGUCCACCUGCGCCCGCCCGCCGCCGACGUCGCCGCCAGUUACUGUUUUGGGACAAGGAGACUCAGAUCUCCCGGGUGAAGUUCCAGGAACAAUUGCAGACCAAAGCACAAUGCUGGGAAUGUCCCAUGGUCCAGCCUCCUGAGUGGACAACCGUAAGCCCAGCUGAGCUGUUCCGUACACCAACUCAACCUGGCUGGCUACCUCCGGAACUAUUCGCUCUCUGGGCUCGUUGUGCCCAGCUGCCCCCGCGUGUGCUUAGAAAGAUGCCGCCCCGGGGACCAGAUGAGGCGGCUGUUGAGAGAGAGGCGGCAGCAGGGGAAGAGAGGAGAAAGAUGGAAACCCUUAGUGAUAUUGAGGUCCUGAGGGAGGCCCAGGAGCCCAGCGGGCCCCUCAUGCUGUCUUCAGAGCUCUCCCUGGAAGCAGCAGAGGAGGAGAAGUCCCGCACCAGCCUCCUCCCCCCGGAAGAACGGUGGGCAUGGACUGAGGCAGAGCAGCCAGAGCCCCCUGCAUUGCCUGUGGUGCCUGAGCUCCCCGAGCUCCCGGUGGAAAUGCCGGCCCAGCUGCCCCCGGAGCCCGAGCUGCUGUCGCUGGAGGCCGUGCACAGGGCUGUGGCACUGGAGCUGCAGGCCAAUAGGGAGGCCGACUUCAGCAGCUUGGUGACACCGCUCAGCUCCCGCAGGACGGCUGCCCAGGUUUUCUACCUGCUCUUGGUGCUCGCAGCGCAGCAGAUCCUUUGCCUAGAACAAGAGACGCCAUAUGGGCGCCUCUUGAUCCAGCCAGGACCUCGGUUCCGCAGCGGUUAGAAGACGCGCACAAAGCUGCUGGGAAGGCAGACUCAAUAAACCACGUCUUGCU